AUGUCCACCAUCGCAUUCAUCGGAUGCGGAAACAUGGGGUCCGCCAUCCUCGGCGGUAUCCUGGACGCAACGCGCGAAGACUUCCAAUCCGGCACCACGCCUAAGAUCUCUCGCUUCAUUGUAUCUACGAAGAGCGCGGGAUCGGCGGACCGCCUGCGGAAGACAUUCCAGGCCGACGAGGCUCGGGUGACUGUCGGACACGGGCAGAAUCUACGCGCGUGCCAAGAAGCAGACAUCAUUAUGCUCGCAUGCAAGCCAUUCCUGGCAAAGGAGAUCCUGCAGGAACAAGGUAUCGCACAGGCGCUGCAGGGGAAAUUCGUCAUCAGUAUCAUGGCGGGAAUGAAACCGAACGACAUCAAGGAGAUAUUCCGCUACGGAAGUUGGGUUCCAACCAUGACUGUCGCUCGAGCCAUGCCUAACGUCGCGUCGCGGAUCCGUCAGUCUCUGACUAUCAUCGAGGAGAAUUCCGAACUAUCAGAGGACAUGUCCGAGACUCUGACGUGGAUGUUCUCGCAGAUAGGCACCGUCAAGUGGCUGCCCUCGAACCAGUUUGAUAUCGGAGGUCACUUGGCGGGUGCGUCGAUGGCCAUCUUCUCUACCCCACUGGAUGGGAUCUUGGAUGGAUGUGUGGUGGAGGGGAUGCGUCGGGCGGAGGCGCUGGAGAUGGCGGCGCAGGUUCUCACGGGAAUGGCAGGGCUGCUGAAAGAGGGGGAUCACCCGGCUUUAAUGAGGGAGAGUAUUUCAUCGCCCAGGGGGUGCACCAUCCAGAGCUUGUUGACGCUGGAGAGACAGGGAGUGAGAGGGGCGUUUGCCGAUUCGAUGAUUAACGGGGUGAAGCAUUUGCGGGGUGAGAAAUAG